AUGGGCCCUGGGGUCACCUGCCCGUGCAGGGGCCACCCGCCUCGCUUCCAGAUGAGGACCUGGAUCGAGCCCGUGGUGGCCUCGACCCAGGUGGCCUCCUCGCUGUACGACGCGGGGCUACUCCUCGUGGUGAAGGCGUCUUUCGGAGCCGGCGGCCUCUCCAACCACAGCGCCAGCCCGUCGCCCCGCGGGGCUCUAGAGGACCAACAGCAGAGGGCCAUCUCCAAUUUCUACAUCGUCUACAACCUGGUGGUGGGCCUGACGCCCCUGCUGUCCGCCUACGGGCUGGGCUGGCUCAGCGACCGCCACCACCGCAAGAUCUCCAUCUGCGUGGCGCUGCUGGGCUUCCUGCUGUCGCGCCUCGCGCUGCUGCUCAAGGUGCUGCUGGACUGGCCGGUGGAGGUGCUGUACGGGGCGGCGGCGCUGAACGGGCUGUGCGGCGGCUUCUCCGCCUUCUGGUCGGGGGUCAUGGCGCUGGGAUCCCUCGGCUCCUCCGAGGGUCGCCGCUCUGUGCGCCUCAUCCUUAUUGACCUGAUCAUGGGCUUGGCGGGGUUCUGCGGGAGCAUGGUCUCCGGGCAUCUCUUCAAGCAGAUGGCUGGGCACUCUGGGCAGGGCCUGGUGCUGACGGCCUGCAGCGUGAGCUGUGCCACUUUUGCCCUUUUCUACAGCCUCUUUGUGCUGAAGGUCCCUGAGUUGGCGGCCAAGCCCGGCAAGGAGCUCCCCACCGUGGAUAGCAUGUCCGGCAUGGUGGGCACAUAUCGCAAUCUGGAUCCUGAUCAGUUAGACAAGCAGAGUGUAGUGGGGCAACCUCCAUCCCCGGGGAAAGCAAAGCCCCCCAAAUCCAUCAUUGCCCUGCUCUUUGUAGGGGCCAUCAUAUAUGACCUGGCAGUGGUGGGCACAGUGGAUGUGAUGCCCCUUUUUGUGCUGCGGGAGCCUCUCAGUUGGAACCAAGUGCAAGUAGGCUACGGGAUGGCUGCAGGGUACACCAUCUUCAUCACCAGCUUCCUGGGCGUCCUGGUCUUCUCCCGCUGCUUCCAGGACACCACCAUGAUCAUGAUUGGCAUGGUCUCCUUUGGGUCAGGAGCCCUCCUCUUGGCAUUUGUGAAAGAGACAUACAUGUUCUACAUUGCUCGAGCCGUCAUGCUGUUUGCCCUCAUCCCCAUCACAACCAUCCGAUCAGCCAUGUCCAAACUCAUAAAGGGUUCCUCUUAUGGAAAGGUGUUCGUCAUACUGCAGCUGUCCCUGACUCUGACUGGGGUGGUGACAUCCACGUUGUAUAACAAGAUAUAUCAGCUCACCAUGGACCAGUUCGUGGGCACCUGCUUUGCCCUCUCCUCCUUUCUCUCCUUCCUGGCCAUCGUCCCAAUUGGCAUCGUGGCCUAUAAACAAGUCCCAUGGUCGCAAUAUGGAGACAUCACAGAGAGAUGA